AGGUUUGAAACUUAAAGUUGAACACGCACGUCACGCACGAGGAGGCGCAUUCACAAGACGUCACGUGCCAUGACGAGCCGCACGCAUAUGACGUCACACAUCGCACGAGAGGCAGAAGACGCUCGUGGCGUCAUCAUGAUUCGUGACGAGCAGCCUCGCAGCACUGUGGAGCAGCUGAUCAGGCGCUUUCUCCCACGUGGCUGCCAACGCUUCCUCCUCGGCCAAUCGGAAGAGCUGCGGCACGCUUACGUCAUCCUCCGAGCUCUCUUCGGCGCGCUGAGCGGCGCAGCCAUGUUUGCCGCCAUUGCACCGGGCCUGCCGCUGACUUUUUAUCACAAGCUGGCCACAGGAUGUGUCUUUACGGGGGCCUGCGCGUUGGGCGGGGCCACGUCAUCGGUCUUCAGGUGCGCCGUCCUGCUGAUGUUUCCCACCAUCCUUGGCGCCCGUGGACGUGCCUUCCUCAUGCUGCUCGUCCUCUCCAUGCUCUACUCAGGUCCGGUGUCCAAUAUCCAGCACAACAUGGAGAAGGCCACUGCGUCCCUGACUUGCAAUCUGGAACUUCAAGUGCGCAACACCAAGUUGCUGUGGAGAGACGCCGUCACGCCCUUCCACAAGGUGGCGGAAGAAGUCACACAGAAUGAAGCGGAAUUGAAGACGAAGGCUAGCAGCGCCCGCGAGGCCUUUGCGGCCGUCCGGCAGGAAGUGCUCGCCGGUGGUGGCACUGCCGCCGCCGGGCGCUCAGCCGACCGGACUGGCACGCAGAAACGCUUUGCCUUCAGCACCCUCACAAAGUGUGAUGGCAUGGUCAAGGCGGGCAUCCGGAAGUGCGCCGAUUGGUUCUCCCGCAGGUGGGAAGAGUGUGUCCAGGUCGUCCAAGUGCCCGUCAUCAAGAACAUCCUGUGCGUGCCCAUGAAGUUUAGCUUCCUGUGUGACAUCAUGAAAGUGAUGACGGGUUGGUGCAAGCAGCACAUCCCGGUGGAGAAAAACUUUGGUCAGCUGUUCGAUCAUCUCAACGCUUCGAUGGAUCUCCUCAGCACCGAGUUCACCAGCAGGGUUGUCUACAAGGAACAUCGGCAGCGGACGGCACUGCACGGGGAACUGGCGGACGGCGACUUGAUGCGGAGCAUCCACGAGUCUUUCCGCCAGCUGGCCGCUCGCACACGCCGGCUGCUGGAUGUGCUGCGCCUCCUCGCGUCCCUGACCUUCCUGUCCGUGUUUGCGCAGUCUCUGGCUUACGUCUUGCGCUUCCAAGGAGACGUCUUCUUCGAUAAUGUGUACCUCACCAAGUACUUGGGCAUCAUCGACCGCCGCAGGAAGUCGCUGGGCAAACAGCAUUUGUUGCCCCUUACGCCGUCUGAGAGACGCAACUUUGUGGACCCCUGGAGCCCGAGAAUUCACCCCGAAGAAGUCAAACAAGUGCUGGCGAGUGUGGUUCAGGUGUUGUCUGUGCUCCUCCUGGCGGCGGUCCUGCUGAUGGUGGACGCAUCCAUCUUUCGUGUUCUGGACGUGGUCAGCAAGCACACGCACACCACCUUUAACGUCAGCAGCACCCAGCAGGUGGACAUCCAAGUGAGUGGAAACUCGAUUUUGGCCCGCCUCCUGCGGAAAUCCUUUGCUGCAUUCAACACAUCCUCCAGCGUUCAUGUGGUAUCCAACAACCAGCGCUGCGUCACUCCGCCCUCCUCACUGGCCAUCUCGGCGUACGUCAGCAUUGCCUGCUGCCUCCUGCUGGCGGCGCUAUCCAGCUGCCUUCAGGUCUAUACCAACCGCCUGCGCAGGGUCAUCGCCGCCUUCUACCACCCGCAGAGGGAGAAAACACGAAUCUUGUUCUUGUACAACUGCACCCUGUACAGGAGAAUCCUGCACAGGCCGUCGUGCACCCAACACACCCGCACCAAUAUGUUGGAGUGUUUGUCUCGGCUGUGUCGAAGACGGCGGGAAAGGCAGGAAGCCUCGAAGAAUGAGCUUCAAAGUGUGUGAAAAGCCAAACAUCACAUUAAACUCAUUUCAAAUGUCAAA